GACAUACAACCCUGUUAUUCAUUCAUCCUUUUGGGUUGCCUCUGAAGUGAUUUCCCUGUGUGAAAAUUGGCAGGGCACCCAGGUACUUUAUUAGCCAACGUUCCCCAUAAGAACGCACACAUUGGCAAUCUCUCACUUUGCUCAAGCAGUUCCUCUUGCUACUUCAAGCGACCGUUAAACAGGAGCACCGGGCUGGCUCUUUAAUAUGAGAGCUGUGCUCAUCUACAAUAGGUGUCACUGUGCUGCUGCCGGUCCAAUCGUUCUUUGUGACUUCAGCGAUUGGCUCAGAGCGCAGCUUGUCUGAUUCCCAUCUGCGAGGCUCGAACACCUCUUGUGCUCCGACCCAUUCUGCACACAACUUGAGCCAGCCGGCAAACAGGCAGCCUUGCCACGCAUCCUGCUCUCAAGCUCUUUGCUUUGCCACGGCAGAGAGAGCGGCUUCAGGUGAUUCAGCCUGCAGCCGUUUGGGGAAAGCAAAUGAAACAGAGAAGCAAGAUGGGGAGGAGUUUAACCAACGAAGUCCUGGAUCAAACUUAAAAAGCCAACAUCUUAUCCAGCACAUCAGAGGGGGGGAAAGGGUCACCUUGCCCUGCUAGAAAAGAAGCCCAACCUCAGUUUUGUUGCUGCCUUGCUCAGCACCCCCUGCUCUCCCUGUUUACCUAGUUAAGCUAUCUGAUUGCACAGAGAAGGCUACUCAUGGUAGAUGACAAGGGAAAGAACAUGAAAUGUCUCACCUUCUUCUUGAUGCUUCCAGAGACAGUUAAGAACAGAUCUAAGAAAAGCUCCAAGAAGGUAAACAGCAGCAGCAGUAGCAAUAGCAGCCUUGGUGGCAGCAGCAGUGGAAGCAAAUUACCUCCAGUUUGCUAUGAAAUCAUCACCUUGAAGACUAAAAAGAAGAAGAAGAUGGCUGCUGAUAUUUUCCCCCGAAAGAAGCCGGCUAACAGUAACACAGCGGCCGUCCAGCAAUAUCACCAGCAAAACAUCAAUAACAACAAUAUUAUCCCAGCUCCUAACUGGCAGGGGCUGUACCCCACCAUCCGGGAAAGAAAUGCAGUGAUGUUCAACAAUGACUUGAUGGCAGAUGUUCAUUUUGUGGUUGGGCCACCAGGUGGGACCCAGAGGCUGCCAGGACACAAAUAUGUCUUAGCCGUGGGAAGCUCUGUAUUCCAUGCAAUGUUUUAUGGAGAGCUUGCGGAGGACAAAGAUGAAAUCCGUAUCCCAGAUGUGGAACCUGCUGCUUUCCUCGCUAUGCUGAAAUACAUAUAUUGCGAUGAAAUUGACUUGGCUGCUGACACCGUCCUGGCAACUCUUUAUGCUGCCAAGAAGUACAUUGUUCCUCAUCUGGCCCGAGCGUGCGUUAACUUCCUUGAGACGAGCCUUAGUGCAAAAAAUGCUUGUGUGCUCCUCUCCCAGAGCUGCUUAUUUGAGGAACCAGACCUGACAGAGCGGUGUUGGGAAGUGAUUGAUGCUCAGGCAGAGCUGGCUUUGAAAUCCGAAGGGUUCUGUGACAUUGAUUUUCAAACACUUGAAAGCAUUCUCCAGAGGGAGACCCUGAAUGCCAAAGAGAUUGUGGUUUUUGAAGCUGCUCUUAGUUGGGCCGAAGUAGAGUGCCAACGGCAAGAAUUGCCUGCCAGCAUAGAAAACAAGCGCAAAGUCCUUGGGAAGGCGCUCUAUCUGAUUCGCAUCCCGACUAUGGCUCUUGAUGACUUUGCGAAUGGUGCCGCUCAGUCAGGUAUUCUGACGCUCAACGAAACCAACGACAUCUUCCUGUGGUAUACUGCUGCCAAGAAACCAGAGCUACAGUUUGUGAGCACUACCCGGAAGGGCCUGGUUCCCCAGCGUUGCCACCGCUUUCAGUCGUGUGCCUACCGCAGCAACCAGUGGCGCUAUCGAGGUCGUUGUGACAGCAUUCAGUUUGCAGUUGACAAGCGAGUUUUCAUUGCUGGUUUUGGGCUCUACGGCUCUAGCUGCGGGUCGGCAGAAUACAGUGCAAAGAUCGAACUCAAAAGACAAGGUGUGAUCCUGGGGCAGAACUUGAGCAAAUAUUUCUCAGAUGGAUCUAGCAACACUUUCCCAGUCUGGUUUGAGUAUCCAGUGCAGAUUGAGCCAGAUACGUUUUACACAGCGAGUGUCAUUCUGGAUGGUAAUGAACUCAGCUACUUUGGACAGGAAGGGAUGACAGAAGUCCAGUGUGGCAAAGUAACUGUGCAAUUUCAGUGCUCUUCAGACAGCACCAAUGGCACGGGGGUUCAGGGAGGGCAGAUUCCAGAACUCAUCUUUUAUGCCUGAAAGAAGAUGGGCUUUUGAACAAGGAGCGUGUGAUUCUAUGGGGGGUGUGUCUGGUUCAGACCUAUUUGAUGCUUAGCUUGUCAUCUGCAGGUAUGUGUGAUCCUAAAUGCAUUGAACAGUGUGAUAUACGCUGUGCUUUUAUAGCAUAAAUGUAGUAUUUUUUUUCUGAAAAUUCCCAUGAUUUUUUAAAAAACUUAGCAAAGUAAAGUAGUUUCACAACCUUAUCAGAGAUGGGAUGGCCAUAUUAGGAGGGGAAAAGCAAAUCUAGAUGCCUGCCUUCUGUGUCAAGGGCCACUCUUAUUGCUCUUCAGUUUGUAACUUGUUAGCUCCCUCUGUUUUUUUAUAUUUAUGUUUUUGUUUCCUCCAUACGGAAGGCCUUUCAAGCUUAAAGGUAGUUUUUGCUUCACGCUGCUUGGGUAGCAGCAGUGUUACCUCUGGAUUCAAGUUGGCUUGAAAGUCUUCCAGAUGGACUUAGGGUCCUCCUGCACAUGCUACUUAGAUGUUGGGCAAGUCUGUUGAAAGAUAUCACCUACUCAUUCCACACAAUUGGACUGGGAGUUGAAGUGUCAAAUAAUGUGAAAGCUGAGGUUAACACUUCGCUGUCCUGUAAAUAAGAGAAUCUCAGAAUUGAUUAUUUUUGUACAUGGCAACAACGGAAAACCUUCCACUGCAGGGAACACAGUGAUGUAUACAUAGUUUCUCUUUGCUCCAAUACAAUUCUCCAAUACUAUUUCCCCAACACACUUCGUAAAAUCUGGGAAUAGUGGCAUCCAUACUUUGUCUGCUUGCCCAGUAUUGCACUAAUUGGUGUUUGGGAAGGUUAUUCUUGGAACACCAAUUCCCAAAAUCCCCCAUCUUGCAUGGCCAGUUAUGGGAGGGAUUCUGGAAGUUGUAGUCUCCAGAGAGUGACUCUCACAGGUUCUGCCACUAAUGCAUUGACGCGAGUGGUGUUUACAGCAUUGCAGUGCCUCGGUAAACAUUAGCUUCUUUCCUCUUACCCAGAGCUUUCCCCCAUUUAAUCAAAUUUGGAAAGUGUUAUACUGGCUGGCUUUAAUGGGUCCAGUCCCUUUUCCAUUAAGUCAGACAAUCUGAAGCAAAGGCAAGUUAAUUAAUUCUCUGGGUUUUAUUCUUCCCAAUGGUAGUUUGGAAACUUCAGCAUGAAAUUUAUUUUCCCAUCAGAGUGUCUUUUUAAAAAA